CUCUGUCUCUUUUUUAUUAAGGAUCCAAAGCAUUAAAAUAAUCUGAUAUAUAUUUAAUUCUAUUUAUUCAUCAUCAGAUCCACUGAGUUAUGCAUCAUUAUUUCCAUUCAACGUAACACAAAUGGUACGAAUUAUAUCAAGAUGUCCUUCAGUAACAGCACUGCAUUUAACAACAAUACCCUUCGGAAAUCCUUCAAAGGCUUUUACAACCUACAUGCCAAAACAGUCAAAGCUUUUUGGUCUAUCUACAUUGGUUAUAUCACAAAUGAAAUCGCACGUGUCGCCAAUGAGGUCAGAAUUCAUCAGUCUCCUUCUCUCUAAACUCGUACCGGUAAGAUCAAAAUUUCUCAGUAACUAUGUUUCUACAGUCUUACCAGUUAGGACGGAAUUGAUCAGUUUACACGUUUCUAAAAUCUACUCUUUACGGUGGUCAACUGUUAGUGUAUCAUUUCAAAGUGAAAUCAUGGAAACUAUAGAAACGACCAAAUCAAGCUUAAGGAUGACAUUAGAGGCAACGAGAAUCAGAAUAAACAUGACAAAAACAAUAACAUGGAUUACAUCACCACCUAAAAUAACAGCAACAACAAAAUCUACUAUAACAACAACACCCUUCACAAAAGUAACGACGACAACAAAAACAACUUCAUCAGUGAUUACACCUUCACUAACAAAAAAACCAAGCAUUCCACCUACCACAACUAUAUCAACAACCUCUUCACCCUCAAAGGGAAAAAUGAAGGUUAUCAUCAUAGCUACAGUGACACCGUUAAUUGCAGCAAUGUGCUUGUUAGCUGUUGGAAUCUGCAUAAAAAGUAGAAAGGGGAUUCGCGACAAAGUAGUGAAGUCUAACCAAGUUGUACCAACCAAAAUAGUCGUUGGUGGAAAAGAAAGAUACAACAACAAUAACACCGACACUUUCACACCACCAUCAGAUAUUUCAAUGAAGCAACUGACAGAAAUGACGCGACAGCAAGCCACUUACAAAAAACUUUAAAAGACAGUGAAAUACACCUGAGUUAUUUUAUGGUGGAAAAAAGGUUUUGAUUGAUGACCUUUAUAGUUGUACAUUUUCAUGAAAAUAGACAAUAACAUAAGGAACAUAUGUUAG